AUGGGGGAAGCUGCUGGCGACCGUGUCCUGAGCCGCCUCCACAGCGUCAGGGAGCGCAUUGGCGAUUCACUCUCUGCCCACCCCAAUGAGCUUGUCGCCGUCUUCACCAGGCUGAAAAACCUUGGAAAGGGUAUGCUGCAGCCCCACCAGAUCAUUGCAGAGUACAACAGUGCUAUCCCUGAGGCUGAGCGCGAGAAGCUGAAGGAUGGUGCCUUUGAGGAUGUCCUGAGGGCAGCUCAGGAAGCAAUUGUUAUCCCCCCAUGGGUUGCACUUGCCAUCCGCCCUAGGCCUGGUGUCUGGGAGUAUGUGAGGGUCAACGUCAGCGAGCUCGCUGUUGAGGAGCUGAGAGUCCCUGAGUACCUGCAGUUCAAGGAACAGCUUGUGGAAGAAGGGCUUUGUUCAUAUAUGUCAGUUUAUAAUACUUUUGAUGUAUAUAUUGCAGCCCCCAACAACAACUUUGUUCUUGAGCUGGACUUUGAGCCAUUCAAUGCCUCCUUCCCUCGUCCUUCUCUGUCAAAGUCCAUUGGCAAUGGUGUGCAGUUCCUCAACAGGCACCUGUCAUCAAAGCUCUUCCAUGACAAGGAGAGCAUGUACCCCUUGCUCAAUUUCCUUCGCGCCCACAACUACAAGGGGAUGACCAUGAUGUUGAACGACAGAAUCCGCAGUCUCAGUGCUCUGCAAGGUGCUCUGAGGAAGGCUGAGGAGCAUCUGUCCACCCUUCCAGCUGAUACCCCAUACUCUGAAUUUCACCACAGGUUCCAGGAACUUGGUCUGGAGAAGGGCUGGGGUGACUGCGCUAAGCGUGCGCAGGAGACUAUUCACCUCCUCUUGGACCUUCUCGAGGCCCCAGAUCCGUCUACCCUGGAGAAAUUCCUUGGAACGAUCCCCAUGGUGUUCAAUGUUGUUAUCCUCUCCCCUCAUGGUUACUUUGCUCAAGCUAAUGUCUUGGGUUACCCUGACACCGGAGGCCAGGUUGUCUACAUUUUGGAUCAAGUACGUGCUAUGGAGAACGAAAUGCUGCUGAGGAUCAAGCAGUGUGGUCUUGACAUCACACCAAAGAUCCUUAUUGUUACCAGGUUGCUCCCUGAUGCAACUGGCACCACCUGUGGUCAGCGUCUUGAGAAGGUCCUUGGCACUGAGCACUGCCAUAUCCUUCGUGUGCCAUUCAGAACAGAAAAUGGAAUUGUUCGCAAGUGGAUCUCGCGUUUUGAAGUCUGGCCAUACCUGGAGACUUACACUGAUGAUGUGGCACAUGAGAUUGCUGGAGAGCUUCAGGCCAAUCCUGACCUGAUCAUUGGAAACUACAGUGACGGAAACCUUGUUGCGUGUUUGCUUGCGCACAAGAUGGGUGUUACUCACUGUACCAUUGCCCACGCCCUUGAGAAAACUAAGUACCCUAACUCUGACCUCUACUGGAAGAAGUUUGAGGACCACUACCACUUCUCUUGCCAGUUCACCACUGACUUGAUUGCUAUGAACCAUGCUGACUUCAUUAUUACAAGUACCUUCCAAGAGAUUGCUGGAAACAAGGACACCGUCGGCCAGUACGAGUCACACAUGGCAUUCACAAUGCCUGGCCUGUACCGUGUUGUCCAUGGUAUUGAUGUGUUUGACCCUAAGUUCAACAUUGUGUCUCCUGGUGCGGACUUGUCCAUCUACUUCCCAUACACGGAGUCACACAAGAGGCUGACCUCCCUCCACCCAGAGAUUGAGGAGCUCCUGUACAGCCAAACCGAGAACACCGAGCACAAGUUUGUGCUGAACGACAGGAACAAGCCAAUCAUCUUCUCCAUGGCUCGUCUUGACCGCGUCAAGAACUUGACUGGUCUGGUGGAGCUGUAUGGCCGGAACAAGCGCCUGCAGGAGCUGGUGAACCUCGUGGUUGUCUGCGGUGACCACGGCAACCCUUCCAAGGACAAAGAGGAGCAGGCCGAGUUCAAGAAGAUGUUUGACCACAUCGAGCAGUACAACCUGAAUGGGCACAUCCGCUGGAUCUCCGCCCAGAUGAACCGUGUCCGCAACGGUGAACUGUACCGCUACAUUUGCGACACCAAGGGCGCCUUCGUGCAGCCUGCUUUCUACGAGGCGUUCGGGCUGACGGUGGUUGAGGCCAUGACCUGCGGCCUGCCGACGUUCGCCACCGCCUACGGUGGUCCGGCUGAGAUCAUCGUGCACGGCGUGUCUGGCUUCCACGUUGACCCGUACCAGGGCGACAAGGCGUCGGCCCUGCUCGUGGACUUCUUUGAGAAGUGCCAGACGGAUUCGAGCCACUGGAACAAGAUCUCCCUGGGCGGGCUCCAGCGUAUCGAGGAGAAAUACACCUGGAAGCUGUACUCGGAGAGGCUGAUGACCCUGACCGGCGUGUACGGUUUCUGGAAGUACGUGUCCAACCUGGAGAGGCGCGAGACCCGGCGGUACCUGGAGAUGCUGUACGCGCUCAAGUACCGCACCAUGGCCAGCACCGUGCCGCUGGCCGUGGAGGGAGAGCCCUCCAGCAAGUGA